AACUAGAAGGGAUUCGGUUGGUCUUGGGGGGAUUUUGGUGCUUCGCCCCCAAUUGCUUUCUUCAGACGCUUUUCUUGGGUUCUUUAGGUGAGAAUCCCUGGGGGAGUAGAGGAUUGAGGUAGGAUUAUGAACGGGACGAUUGGGGAUUUGUUGGUUUUGAUGUUAUUCAUGAUUUUCUUGAGGUCUUGUCUUAUGAGUAGAACGAUUGGGGAUUGAUGGUUUUAAUGUUGCGUGAGGCAGUUUCUUCGUGCUAUUGAUGCCUAUCCAAUGGUCUUGUCUGGUGCGGCUUUCUUGCAGGUAGGCAUCUUAGAGUGGUGGGGUUCGCGUUGACAUUGGAAGGACCAGAAGGCUAACCAGGGCCGGAGCAACAGGAGAAAUUUCUCACGUAGAUCCAGGAGAAGAACUACAGGACUGAGGGCACCAAGAAUAGGAGAAGAGCAGAGCUACUAACUACAUGAUGCCUGAAAUGAGGAAUGCCAGUAGGCCGGCGCUUGCCGACGUCUCUGGUGGUGGGUUCUUUAUCAGGAAGGUGGCAUCGCCAGGAGCUGUGGUGGUGAAGGGUUCUGUCAAGCCGCUGGCUCGACGGGCCCUGGCACCAUCAAGCAACAAGGAGAAUGUGCCACCAGUGUCGGCUGUGAGAGCUACACCAAAGAGGAGGAGCCCCUUACCUGACUGGUACCCAAGGACCCCACUCCGUGACAUCACAUCAAUUGUUAAGGCUCUUGAGAGGAGAAGUCGCCUAGCGAAUGCUGCGGCUCGGCAGCAGAUCCAAUGGAAUUUAAAUUCUUCACAAUCUGUGGAUCCAGCUACUCCAGUACAAGCAGAGCAGAGUGCUCCCCAAAGCACACCACAAACUCUGGAAAAACUGGCUCCAUUGUCCGAGGGCAAGCUGAAGGCAUCUUCCUCUCCAUCUGACUGCUCCUUGCAGACCACUCCAUCCAAACCAAUCGAUCCAGCUCUCGCUGAUCUUUUGGAGAAGAAACUGUCCAGUUCAAUAGAGCAGAUCGAGAAGAUGGUGAGACGGAACCUGAAGGCAACUCCAAAGGCUACUCAGCCUUCCAAGAGGGUCGUCCAGAGGCGCACCCUGAUGUCCAUGCGAUGAGCUGAGAGAACUCCGCUCUGGUCUGCAUGGUUCCCUUGUCUGCUGCUUUCUUAGCCGCUAGUCCUAACCACUCAUUGCACCAGUUUUUGCCUGCCGGGGGGUGGGGGCUCCUGGUUCUCUGCUUGAGGACCCUGGGGGUAUGAGUAGCUCUCUGCUUGAGGACCUGGGGGUAUGAGUAGCUCUCUGCUUGAGGGCAUAUGGUAUCAUGCUUACUGGCAGUAGACCUACAAUUGUGUAUAGCUUCUCGACGUUUUUACCAGAACAUGAAUCACAGUUAUACACGUUUUGUUCGCGAAAUUAGUAGUUUCUCUGUGUAGGCUUUGAACCUUGGUGGUCUUUCGUCACCUGCUAUAGAACAGAUGUAAAUUUGGUUAAACAGUUGUUGUUGUGGCUUUGACCGCUUGAA